AUGUUAUUGUACUCCAACACAAUUGUCAGACAAACAAACAGAGGAUGUUGUUGUAAUGUUCAUUACACACUUGUUUUGAAUGGUCUGAUCAGAGGAACGGCGAUCGAGAGGUGGGGCACAUCGGGAGACGUCAGAAUCUCAGAACGAAACGACGUGUCGCCGCCUUCGCCGCGCUCCUUUAAAAGGCCGCAGGGAACGUUGGAGAGUCAUCGUUCCUUUACUGUGUUCUCAAGUUGGUCUGAUUCCUCGGUGCUUUUGUUACUACAAAGUUACCGUACACUUGGAUACUAUACUGCUACACUUUCUCUACAUUGACCUUAUCAAUUGUAGUUGUUCUUUAUACUUUCGGUACAAACUUUACCUUUACAAAGCUUCAGUAACUACAACUACUACAAUGUUCCGCAACGUACUCCUAGCCAUCGUAUUCGCCUUCGUAGCCGUUUUCGUAUGUUCAGAAGCCCGUCCCCAGUCUGACUGGUCUGGCUCCGGCUCCAUUCUCGACAAUACUGGCGGAGCUUUGUCGGCCGAUGGAGGCUCUUACUACGGUAGCUACAACAACUUCAACAGCCGUGCGGCCGGCUACAACCCAUACUUUGCCAACGGACUUUUCGGCUAA